AUGGACACCGCAGGAAAGACAAUCACAUGCCGAGCAGCCAUUGCCUGGGCAGAAAAGUCUCGCCUUUCAAUUGAAGAAGUGCAAGUUGAGCCACCCAAACCUGGAGAAGUUCGCAUUAGGAUGUUAUCUUCAGGGAUCUGCGGUUCUGAUGACCAUGUGCUGAAAGGGGAACUCUCAGUGAAAUUUCCUUUAAUUCCGGGUCAUGAAGGAGCAGGAAUUGUGGAGAGUGUUGGCGAUGGAGUUUGCUCCGUGAAACAAGGAGACAAAGUUCUCACACUCAUUAUUCCACAGUGUAGAGAAUGUGAUGCCUGCUUGCACUCCCAAGGAAACUUCUGUGACAAGCAAGAUGUUCUUCCAUGUUCCGGGGUGAUGCUGGACGGGACCUGUAGAUUUUCCUGCCGAGGACAGAAGAUUUAUCAUUCCUUCCGCACAAGCACGUUCACUGAGUACACUGUUGUGCCCGAGAUUGCAGUGGUAAAAAUUGAUGAUGAUGCUCCUAUGGAUAAAGUCUGUCUCAUAAGCUGUGGCGUUCCUACAGGCUAUGGGGCUGCUGUUAACUCAGCCAAGGUCACCCCUGGCUCCACCUGUGUGGUGUUUGGACUCGGAGGGGUCGGCUCAGCCGUGGUCAUGGGCUGCAAAGCCUCUGGUGCUUCUAGAAUCAUCGGGGUUGACAUCAAUGAGCAGAAGUUUCCCCGGGCAAGAGCCUUGGGCGUCACUGAUUGUCUCAACCCUAACAAGCUCAAGAAACCCGUCCAGGAGGUGGUGAUGGAAAUGACUGGUGUGGGUGCUGACUUUGCCUUUGAGGCCAUCGGAAAGGUUGAGACCAUGGUCGCUGCUUGGAACUCCUGCAAUAACAGCUAUGGUGUCUGUCUGAUCGUUGGGCUGGCCCCGGUAGAUGCACAGCUAUGCCUUGAGGCGGCCAAGAUUUUGUCCGGAAAAACCCUGAAGGGCGUGUGUUUGGGAGAUUAUAAAACCAGAGACUGUAUUCCCCAAAUAGUAACUGAUUAUCUCCAAGAUAAGAUUAAUAUAGAUCCACUAGUGACUCAUCAGCUGCCUUUUAACCAACUCCACAAAGCCUUGGAACUGUAUCAUGCAGGAAAAACCAUCCGCUGUGUUCUACUCUUCUGAGAUCUCAAUGCUAAAAGUGCAAGAGCACCCUGAAGGGCUUUUCGGUUUCACCUCUGGAUAUUCCUGAGCAGCCUGAAGGGAUGAUGGAUACAUCAGCGGCAGGAAUACAAUGUAGCUGGGCAAUACAAAAUGAAGACCCCUUGACUAUACUGAUAAUAAAACAAGUGGGAAGGACUGGAGCUGUGCAACUCACACUGUGACCCUACAAAGAGAAAUGAUGGCUUCCUAUUCAUGAUAGUAUUGAUCAUGUCCACAAACCAACUGCCAUAAGUUCAUGGAAGCUGUCCCCAUGUUCAUAUCUUCCAGAUACCUUCCUAUGUGCAGAUUUCCCUGUAUAUUCCACACCACUUUCCAACCUGCUAUGGAGUCGUCAUUAAGAGGUCCAGGGAGCUAGACCAUAACAGGUUUCUAAUAGCCCUGACACAGACCAGGCCUUAGUCUCCCUUUACUAGAACUGGCUGGAACUGAGCAAGCAGUUCUUGGGAAGACCGCAACUCAGGAGCAACCAAUCAGCAGGCCCCCCACAACCUUCUGCUAGCUCAGCAGGCCCCCCACAGCCUUCUGCUAGCUCAGCAGGCGCCCCACAGCCUUCUGCUAGCUAAAGAUAGCUUUUCCUACCCUGCUGCUGAAAGGUCCCUAACCAGUACAGCCUCCCACCAAUCAGCCCCAGACUAAUCUUUCCUCCACCAAUCAGCCCCAGAUUAACCCAUCCUCCCUGGAAUUCCCCUAACCCUGCUUAAAAAAAAAGUCUGUGAGCUUUUCUGGGUGUCACCUUUUGCCACCCUAAGAUGUUGGAAAUUUUGAUAAACACUCUUGUUGAUUGCA